AUGAAUAUUGGCGACACUUUCGUAAACCGCCAAUUUCAUGCCCAGAAACUUAGAUUUGCUUGUCCAAUCUCAGAAUGCAAAAAAAUAUGUAAAAACAUUCAAACGUUCGGCUCUCAUCUUGAUGGACACGGAACCAGCUACACUGUGCCCAGUCCUGAUUCAUUUAAUUUCAUGGAGGAAACGACACUGACAGCAGACAUGCCAACGACAUCGGCUAUGUCAUCAUUCACACAUUUACUUCCCGGACCAUCUCCCAUGGAAUCACCUCCGACAACAUUGCACACUGUAUUGCCUGUCAAUUCAAAUUCAACAGAGUCGUCGGCCACACCAAACAGAAACCAGAAUUGUCUACAAGGAAUUGUGAUCAAAGAACCGUUUGCUACUCUCAAUUUCGAAAAUGUCGAUUUGGCGAAGGAAUUCUACAAGUUCCAGCUUGAAACCAAAGCUAUGGCGUUGCAGGGACUUCUUCCACUUGAAUCGCACGUGCAACAUAUUCUGUCAUUACAGGCUGUUCAAUACUUUUAUUUUUUAUUUAUUUUAUAUAUUUAG